CUCCGAGUGGGCGCACUGGUGCGGCUGCGGCCGUGCCGGGAGGCGUCGCGGCUGCAGCGCUGGGCGUGCGGCCGCGGGGCUCUGCUGGCCCUGGCCGGCACCGCGCUGCACUUCAACUUCGGCCACGAGCGCCUCCGGCGCGUCGUGCUCUACGACGGCGCCGGCAACUGGAGCCGCUGGCUGGCCCACGGCUCCCACCGCGACGUCUGCUCCAGGGCCUAUUUCCUGCCCUGCUCCCGGGGUUGGUUUUUUUCCCGCAAUUCCUGUUAUUUCUUCUCCAACUUCGCCGCUUCCUGGGAGAAUUCCAGAACUUUCUGCUGGGCCUUGGGCUCGCAGCUGCUCGAGGUCGACGACGCCGAGGAGAAG